AUGGCCUUUAUACGACCAUACCAAGAGUCGGACUUUGACGACAUGUCACACAUUUGCCGCGAGACGCUCCCGGCUUCGCUCGCCGCCUCGGAGCCCGCGCGGCGGCUCGCGCCCUACAUCUGGACGCACCAGUACACGCUCCUCUCACCCUCGACGUGCUUCGUCCUCGACGACGGCCGCACCGGGCGCGCCGUCGGCUACUGCAUCGGCUGCCCGGAGGUGCCCGCCUUCUGCGCCGCCUACCCGCGGUACGUGCGCGAGGUGCUCGACGGUCGCGGGCGCGCCAACGGCGACGUCCGCGCCGAGACCAGACCCCCGCCGGAGGGGGAGGAAGGGGAGGAUGCGCCACGCGCGGCUUGGAUAGACCCGGACACGGGCAGGAUCAGCGAGGCGGCGCUGGCGCAGCUGGCGUUCUCGCCGAGGAGGCUGCUGCUGGACGGCACGGAGGAUUUGCUGCGCGAGGGAUACCGCGGCACGAUGCACAUUGAUCUGCUGCCGGAGUACCAGGGGAAGGGCUGGGGGCGGAGGUUGCUGGAGGCGCUGGUGGAGAGCAUGAGACCGGCGGCCGGCGGCGAGGCGGGGGAAGGGGAGGAGAGGUCUAGGGGGAUAUGGCUGGGGGUGGGCGCGGAGAAUAGCAAGGUGGUGCCGUUUUACGAGAAGCUGGGCUUCCGCGUCAAGGAGCGCGAGAUCAAGACGUCGACAAUCAUCAUGGUGAGGGAUUACUGA